CCAGGCGGAGAGGGGCGCGGACGCGGCGCCCGCGGGGCCCUUGGAUGCGCGCGCGGGGCCCCGGCGCUGAGCUCGCUCGGCCUGGAGCGCGGCCCCGCCGCGUGGGCGGCUAUGAGCGCCGAGGGACCCUUGCCCCCGGCUGCCCCCCGCGGGCGCCCGGGCUGCCUGCUGGUGCCCGUGCGGACUAAGACCGGCAUCGCUUUGUUGCACGACGAAGAGUCCGGAAAUGCGUAUGACGUCCGGGUGAAGCUAACGAAAGAGGUACUGACAAUUCAAAAGCAGGAUGUCAUCUGUGUUAGUGGAAGCAAUCCCAGUGCAAAUCACAGAACUGUUACACUUCGCAGACAGCCUGUCGGCGGCCUGGGCCUGAGCAUCAAGGGAGGCGCCGAGCACAGAGUCCCUGUCGUCAUAUCAAAAAUAUUCAAAGACCACGCAGCUGACCAAACAGGGAUGCUGUUUAUAGGAGACGCCGUCCUACAGGUUAAUGGCAUUAAUGUAGAAAACGCAACCCAUGAAGAAGUGGUGCAUCUUUUGAGAAAUGCUGGCGAUGAAGUGACCGUCACUGUUGAAUAUCUCAGGGAAGCGCCAUCAUUUCUGAAGCUCCCGUUAGGGUCCCCGGGACCAUCCAGCGACCAUGGCAGUGGGGCGUCCUCACCCCUCUUCGACAGCGGCCUGCAUCUGAACGGGACCUCCGGCAAUACAGCUCCACCAUCGCCUUCCUCGCCCAUAGCUAACGAACCAAAGUAUGAGAAGCGCUGGCUAGACACCUUGUCAGUUCCUCUGUCUAUGGCUCGGAUCUCAAGGUGCAAAGCUGGAACGGAAAAAUUAAGGUCCAGUGCAUUCGAGGUGCUGGCCCUGGACGGGGUCAGCACGGGGGUCCUUCAGUUUUACACAGCCCAGGAGAGCGCCGACUGGCUGAGAGCAGUGUCAGCGAACAUCAGCGACCUGACGCUGCAAAACAUGAAAAUGGCGAAUAAAUGCUGUUCUCCUUGUGACCAGGUUGUACAUAUGGGGUGGGUCAACGAGAGACUGGAAGGUGCCGACUCCUCUCAGACCUUCAGACCCAAGUUCCUGGCCCUGAGAGGCGCGUCCUUCUACGUUUUCAGCUCCCCUCCGGUGAGCACAUUAGACUGGGUCCGAGCAGAAAAAAUCUAUAACCUCUGUGAGGUACUAUUUAAAGUUCACAAGUUCUGGCUUACAGAUGACUGCUGGUUACAAGCGAACUUCUACCUGGGUCUUCACGACUUUGACUUGGAGGACCAGAGGCCGUACUGCUUCAGCGUCAUGGUCGGCCACGGCAAGGGUCACCUUUUCAACGUGGAACUGGGGAGUGAGCUGGCCGUGUGGGAGAAGUCGUUCCAGAGAGCCACUUUCAUGGAAGUUCAGAGGACCGGGUCCAAAACGUACAUGUGCAGCUGGCAGGGAGAGGUGCUGUGUUUCACAGUGGACUUCGCUGUGGGAUUCACCUGUUUCGACAGCAAGACGAAGAAUGUGCUCUGGAGGUUUAGAUUCUCUCAGCUCAAGGGGUCUUCAGAUGAUGGAAAAACGCGAGUCAAGCUGCUCUUUCAGAAUCUAGACACCAAACAAAUCGAGAUGAAGGAACUCGAAUUUCAGGAUCUGACGGCUGUCUUGCACUGCGUACACUCCUUCAUAGCAGCGAAGGUGGCCUCCGUGGACCCCGCCUUUGUAGACAGUCAGAGUGUCGCACGAAAAUACAUGUGCAGCAACUGAACUGUGCUUCUGUGGAGUGCUGAAAAUUAAAUUAUUUUCUUAAGAAACGAAUCUUUCCUGCACAAAUUGCAACUUUGUGGGGUUUUAUAAUGAGCCUAUAGUUGUGAUACCAAUAAAAUAGGUCACUAGUUUCCAGAGCCGAGUCGCACUCCUUCCGUCUGACCAAGCUCCCUCUGUUCUGGCAGAGCUCCGGGGAACGAGCUCAGUUUCCUCGGGAAAUAAUCGUGUCCCUGGCGGUUCUCCAAAUUACGUGAAAGUGGCACCAAUACCACACACUCUGCUUCCCACAGUGGUAAAAGCCAGACUUUAUUUUCAUAAAAUAUACAGUAGAAAAUACUGAGAACUCACCAGUUUAUUCUCCUCGGGAAGGAAAGUGUUUCCUUUGGAUCCGGCUUGUUAGCGUUCCCCUUUUCUCAAGGAGGAGGCUGAGUAAAGGGAUUAUUGGAGAAAUGAGCAGAAGUAAUAUGUGGGAAAAGGGAAUUCACUCUAAUAUUAAAUAUUUAUAAAUUGAUUUUUAUGUAAUUAAAUAAUAUGUCAGUUAAAUGCUAAUUUUA